GGCUAACUGAUGUGAGUAGUUAACGUUACCUCCUCAGAGAUCUUAGUAGCCUGUUGACCAUUAGAAAAAUAAUAUCAGAAGAUGGCAGAACUAACAACGCUGGAGAGCCUGCUGGAAAUGGGCUUUGGCAGAAACAGAGCGGAGAAGGCGGUGGCAAACACAGGGAACCAGGGGAUAGAACGAGCCAUGGACUGGUUAGUGGAGCAUGAAAAUGACCCUGACAUUGAUGAGCCCUAUGUGCCCCCUGUGGGCAGCGUCCUUGGAGAUGCAUCAGAGAGCCAGCCAAUCCCAGCACAACCCACAGUAGCAGACAACGCUGAAGUGACAGAGGGUGUAGACAUGACCCUAGAGGACGAGGAGGGGAAUGGCAGGCGGCCGAUGACGGAGGAUGAAAAACGUGAGCAAGUCAAAAGGCUAGAAGAGCUGAUGCGGGUGAAGCAGGCGGAGCGGAGAGAGAGGGAGCGGCAGGAGGAGGUGGAGAGAGAGAAGCAGCGGAGGAAGCAGGGCCAAGAGCUGCUGCAGAUCCGACAGAAGCUGCAGGAUGAUGAGAUGAAGAAACUGGCCGAUGAGCGCAGGAGAGAGAAGAUGGAGGACAAAAUGGCCAAGCAAAGGGUUAAAGAGAAGAUAGCACGUGACAGAGAGGAGAGAGCACAAAAGUUUGGAGGUGGGGGGUCCACCAGCACGGCGGUGACCUCUUCCCUCACCCAGCCCAGCCCCUCAUCGCCCACCAGUCAGGGCCCGCCACCAACCAAGAAGGAGUAUGAUGAGUGCAGGAUACAGGUGCGUCUGCUGGAUGGCUCGGCCAUCACGGCGGUCUUCAAAGCCCAGGAGCCGCUGGCAGCAGUGCGCGUCUAUGUACAGAUGAACGGCAACACGCCCGAGGGCCAGGACUUCACGCUGCUGUCACCCUAUCCUCGCCACGUCUACACCGAGUUGGAUAUGGAGAAGCCCCUCAAAGAGCUGGGUUUGGUGCCUUCAGCUGUAUUAGUUGUCACCAAAAAGUGAGAAGAGGAGGAGCUGCUCUGUGAGCCUACCUCGCCGCCACCUAUACUACAUCAAAACAAGAGAGCCCAGCAGUGGACAGCAGAGAUAAUACAACCCAGGAGGGGAAGGGGGUCUAACCCUGACCUUGCAGAAUCAUUCAAUUUGCCAGUGAGCUUAACUUUAACAGUUAGGUGUAGCUUUAGGCUGCAUUCAGGUGAUUUGGAAGUCCUCUUGCUGCUUGUCAUUAAAUAUAACAAAAGUCACAGAUAAAAGAGAAGGACAAAAAAAAACUUGCGACUUGUUGAAAAAUUGUACAAAGCCCAUCCUGGGCUGAGUCAUUGAUUUGACUGGAAAGCAGUUGCGCUGGUUAGUGAACUUUACUUUUUUCUAGUAGUUCUUUGAGGAUAUUGUGAAGAUAGCUGGCUAUUGAUUGAUGCUGCUGUGAGGAGGACCCCUCAUGACAUCAACCUCAGAACAUUUACACCACAAAUAGACCCUUCUGAUCUUAACUUCAACCCAUCUUACACCAUAUCACAUAAAACUUCAUUGGCUCUGAAGGGGCCUUACGGUUUGGUCUUGCCUCUGAUCUUUACGAUUCUACGACAUUCACUACUUUGCCUGUUUUUUUUUUAUAAAUUAAAAAGAAAUGACAGUUAUGUUUGCAUAAUCAUUAUGAGCCUAUCGGAAAUAAAACUGACUUGGAGAAUUUGACAGUGGACUGGAUGUUCAACGCGUCUUCCUCAUGCAUGUAAAUAGAAAAAUUGAUUUUUGAAUCCGAGUCAAACCUCUUCCUAAAUAUGACAUCGCACAGCCACGUGAGUUUCACAUACAAUUUUAUUGAACAGUGUAAAAUGAAGCAAGCAAAGUCAUUGAUUAAAAAACGUGUAUUAUGACCAGACAUUUAUACAUUGUACUUCUCCACGCCUUGUCUUCAGCCUCGCUGCAUUCAUUCUAAAAACAGCCAUUUGGAAUGGCGUGACAUUAAAAAAGAUGGUGACAUUGACAAUUACUGUGCUCAUCCAGCUGUUUCUAGAAGCUGAGGUCUUCCUCGUGACACCAUUCUGACUAAACAAAUGCUGCUGACUGAGAAUCUUGGUGUUUCCACCGGCUUGAGACAAAGCCAUGAUCCAGAGGAGAUCUAAACUUUUUUUUUCCACCUAUUCGGGAAAAACCCACUUGUAUUAAAGCUGGUAGAUCUAAACUUUUUUUUUUCUUAACCUAAUCAGGAAAAAAAAAAUCCAUUUUUAUUAAAGCUGGGUAGGGGUCUGGUGAUUUUCUUUAUCAGGCCCAUUGCUGCAGCCUGGCAUUUAAGGGGCGCAAAUGUGAAAAGUUGCCAACCAUGACCACUUGAGUCGCAUGGCAUCGCACACAAACUUCGGGAAGCUACAACUCUGCCGUAACACGCUAUGAAACGCAGUUAUGUACAUUAGAAAAACUAUCCUACUUUGUGGAAUGAGGCAGGAUGUCAACCAUACAAGUUCACCUGUAUGGCUGUAUAAGUGAAUAGAUUUAAAACGUGCACUAGUGUGCCAUCUGAGAAUGGAGGAAAAUAGGAUUUGACCCCAGACGUGACAGAGAGCUGCUUUUCAAAAGAACUGGCUUGAUUUUCCAAAAAGCACCUAAGGUCCGAGAUUAUCUUGAUUCAUACGAAAAGAUGAGCCCAUUUCUAAGAUGCUUUCGGGACCCGACCCCCCAACACACAAAUCCCAACCGGUGGACUUCUCUGCCGAACUACUGUGCUGCGUUUGGCCAAAAGAUAGCAGUCACUGUAAAACAGGCUCUUGAUGCACCGGGAUUAACAUGGACACUGAAAACUUGCACCCUUACUUUCUUUCAAACCCUUUCAAAUUAACUGGAACCUGAUUGAAAAGGUAACGACAGAACGACCCAAGUCCCUUAUUUCCAUGAAUGGAGGCUGGUGAGGCAAUCCCAGGGAAGGUCGGACAGAGGAAGGGCACAGAAAGGAUGUAUGGAUCCAAUUUAGCAGUGUUAGCAGGCAGACCCGGGGGCACUGGGAGGUUCAGUUGGCUGUCAGAUCAGGAGUCAU